GCGGAGCCACGAAAACUUGUGGCUGUGAUGAGUGCCGCUUUUUUACGCCGGCGGCGGCGGUCGGUGUCCUUUCCCGACGAGCUUGUCCGGGAACGGUAGAAACGGUGGACUAUUUCUUCUUCAAUUGCUGCCUGCUUGGAUUUAUAAUUGUUUUUUCUCACGAUCUUGUCUGUAAUGUGAUUCGAACCCCUUGUCUGAAAAUCCAAUCCCCAGGCGUUUGCUGCUUCUUUUAAUAGGGGUUUCACAGUUGGACUGUUUUUCUAUUUUGCGGGGUUGGGAUUGUUGUCCACGUUUUCUUCUAGGGAUCUGAGUGUGUAGAGAUGAAGGGCGACCCGGGUUUUAAGCUGUUUGGAAAGACAAUUCCAGUGACUGACGAAGAGGAUAAAUGCUCUGUACUGGAGAAAGAGUGUGAGGAUAAUAAUGAUAUUGAAGCUCCUGCUCAAGUUCCCGAUAAGGAAAUAUUUCAAGACAGCAAUCUGAAGUCUGAAGUUGAAGGUCCGCCUGACACAAACCCAGAAGAGGUAGAAAGCUUUACAGGCACCAGUGAUUCCAGAGAGGAGAGUUGCAAGAAACCUAUGCAAGACUUGGAAAAAAAGAUUCUACCAACAAUAAUGGAAAAUAAUAACUUGAAAAAUGGGAAUGGGGAGGAAGAAGCUGAUGGUAGUGGUACAAAUGGAAAUGAGGAAAAGAUGCCAAAGAAGCCUGACAAAUUGUUACCUUGUCCUCGCUGUGAUAGUUUAGAUACAAAAUUCUGCUAUUAUAACAAUUACAAUGUGAACCAGCCACGGCAUUUUUGUAAAAAUUGCCAAAGAUAUUGGACUGCUGGAGGAACAAUGAGGAAUGUUCCUGUAGGUGCAGGACGGCGUAAGAACAAACAUUCAGCUUCACAUUAUAGGCAUAUGCUGAUGGCUGAUGGUCUUGCAACUGCCAGAGUAGAUGGUCCUGAUUCUGCCCACCACCAGGUAAUGCCCACUGCACUUUCUUCGACACGGGUAUUAAAAAAUUCUCAACUACAGCUCCUUCCUUUGGACAUAGAAUCUGCAGGGGGAACUGUGCUAAAUUUUGGACCAGAUUCUCCUCUUUGUGAGUCUAUGGCUACAGCCCUUAAUCUGGCAGAUCAGCCAAUGACAAACAGACAAGCUUUCUUAAAUAAAGAUGAUGAAAAAAAUCAAUUGACAAACAAAGAAACUAGAGAUGAUAAUUCAUGUGGAUCUUCAAUUACAGGCAGUACUUUUGCAGAAAAAGACGAUGGCACAAAGAAUUUUCAUUCUGUUCCUCAAAUGGACCAAGUAGGCAUGAUGGGAUGGUCUGGCAGUUUUCCUCCACAGCACCCCUAUUAUGGAGGUCCCUGGCCAUAUGGUUGGAAUUUUGGUUGGGGGGCUCGUGCUCCAGUAACUGCAGCAGCAGGGUGCCCUAAUGGUAUUGCUUAUGCUUCUGACGGUAGUAAUGUCAACACAGGUACAUCAGGGCCAAGGCUGCCUGGUGUGUGGGCAGCAGGAAUUCCUUGGCCUUUUGUUCCUGGAACUUACUGGGCAGGUCCUCCUGGCUGGGGAGGAGGCACAUGGAAUAUUCCAUUUCCAGCACUAGCCUCACCUACAACUGGAGGAUUAAGUUCUCCAUCAAGCAGUGGUGGUAGCUGCGGAUCUCCAACCUUAGGCAAACAUUCAAGGGACUUUCCAAGUGUUGAUUGUAAAAGAGAUGGAAGUCUGUGGGUUCCAAAGACUUUAAGAAUUGAUGAUCCUGGUGAAGCUGCAAGAAGUUCAAUCUGGACAACAUUGGGUAUUGGAAAUAAAUGUGAAUCCAUUACAUCUGGUGGGAUUUUUAAAGCUUUCCAGUCCAAGACAGAAGAGAAGGAUCUGGGUAAACGUUCUCAGCAAGGGUUACAUGCUAAUCCUGCAGCAUUGUCAAGAUCGAUGGCCUUUCAGGAAAAUUGUUGAGUUUCUUUUUAAAUAUAAAACAUUCAUUUUCUCUUCACUAUCCUUUACUCCAGUGGAAGGUAGGUAACCAUUUUUCCAAAUCUCUUAUAUGCCAUACGGAAUCCCGACUAGAAUGUCUGAUAAUGGGAAGUUUAAAGGUUUUACCCAUUGUAAAGUAUUUUAUUUCUUCCUCCAGUUUGGAGUCCAUAUAUUAUGGUUAACAGCUUAAGCUUAUAUGGAGCUGUACAAAAUGUUAUGACAAGUUUGUCUUCAUCUGAUUUUUCUUCAAGCGCUUCUCACUAAGAUCCUAGUCUUUUGGAGAAGAUAUUGAAUUAGAGGUCACAAGAUGUAAAAUGCUAGAAGACAAUAAUAAUUUAAGCUAUAGUAAAACAGCAAGAGCUUGGUCAGACUUGAGACUCUGGAAGAAAGAAGCUUCCCAAUAGGCAAGAUUGGUUAGCGGCUUUAUCAUAGAAAGAAGAGUCUUGCACUGCAAAGUUGAAUGGUGGACUUGCAAUCUGAAAAUGAAGUAUAAGCUAGCCACUUUUUGUUUGCAUUUAUAACUUGGAUACUAAAUAUACGACAUAUGUAUAUAUAGGGGAAGGAACAAACUGCAGGUUAAAUACAGCAGCACUCUUUCCAGAGCUGAGAUGAGUACACCUACUAAUGACUGAAAAUUUAGGUUUUAUAUUUGCAGCAUCAAUACAGUCCUGCUAUCUUUUGAUCAUAAGCUUGCCUCUUGAAUAUCUUUUUUGGUUAAGGAAUACUUCUUAAAAUCUUUUCAA